GUAAAAAUCCUUCUACUCAUCUGCUGCCAUCUCCACUUUGUAAACAAUGACUUUAAGCCUUAUCUUGUUUUUCAUUUUUGGGACAUUGGCAUCUCAGGCCAUGUCCCGCACAUUGCAUGAAGCUGCCAUUGCUAACAAACAUGAGCAAUGGAUGGCACGUUAUGGUCGAGUUUACGAGAGCCAAUCAGAGAAGGACAGGCGUUUUAUGAUAUUCAAGGACAACUUGGAAUAUAUCGAGAACUUCAACAAUGCAGCGAAUAGGACUUAUAAGUUAGGCAUUAAUGAGUUCGCAGACUUGACCCAUGAUGAAUUCUUAGCGGCUCGUACUGGCUACAAGAUGCUAGACAACCCAACAACAACCAUAACAGCAUCAUUUAGGUAUGCAACCAUGACAGAAGUUCCAACAAGCUUGGAUUGGAGGCAGCAAGGUGCUGUCACCCCUGUUAAAGACCAGGGAAGUUGUGGAUGUUGCUGGGCAUUUUCAGCGGCAGCUGCCAUGGAAGGGAUAACCCAGAUUAAAACCGGUAAGUUGAUCUCAAUGUCCGAGCAACAACUAUUGGACUGCAGCACAAACGGCGGCAACCAGGGUUGCAAUGGUGGUUGGAUGACAAAUGCCUUCCAAUACAUUAUGGAAAACCAGGGCCUAACCACAGAGGAAAACUACCCAUAUGAGGAAAUGCAAGGAACUUGUGCCAUAGAGAAGGCGACAGCCCAAGUUGCUGAUAUCAGUGACUAUGAGCAGGUACCUUCCAAUGAUGAGGAGGCAUUACUCAAGGCUGUAACGAACCAACCUGUCUCGGUUGCCAUUGACGGGAGUGGAAGAGACUUUAAAUUUUACUCGGGUGGAAUUUUUAGUGGAGAUUGCGAUACUUCUCUCACUCAUGCUGUCACAAUUAUUGGAUAUGGGACUAGCGAAGACGGUACAAAGUACUGGCUGAUCAAAAAUUCAUGGGGCCAAAGCUGGGGUGAGAAUGGCUACAUGAGGAUUCAGAGGGAUGUUGACAACCCAGAAGGUCUGUGCGGCCUUGCCAAGAAAGCUUCCUAUCCAACUAUCUAAUUAAUUAAGUUCCUAUACAUUUCGAUGCUGGACAUUUCUCAUGUCCAGAAUGACUAUGUGUUUCUCCUUUCCAAUAGUGGAAAGUUUUUCCAAGUGAUGUUAGAUUUGAGUUUUGUCAGUGUAGUAGAUUGAUGCAUAAACAUCUAAGCGUCAUCAUAAAAUAAAUUGACAAGUUUUAUUGAAUGCUACAGUGCUUAGUGUUGAUUCUGGUCAACUUAAGUUCUUGACACAAACCAUAUCGUGUACAAUUCCAAGCCAAUGGCCCUGGCUUUCGUAUUUGUCUUCAAAU